UCAGAUUUCACAGAAGACAAGCACAACCGGAAACAGUUGGUGUUCAUACAUUGUAAGAGAAAGUCAAGUCAAGAAUAACAAGGAGGAGUAGAAGCCAGAGCAACAAGGUGGUUUAUGUAAGAAAAAAAAAUAUAUAAAUAUAGGUUAAUGUGUUGUGUUGUGUUAUGCUGUGUUUUACAAUUCAUCAUAUUCCAAAUCCAACUGUAUCCUCUUGUUCUUGUUCUUGUUCUCUUCUCUUUCUUCUCCGCGAAUCUCGCUCUGUUUUCACUCAUAUACUCGCCUUUUAACUCACCCCAUUGAAGUAUUUACUUAAAAACCUUCAUACCCGGAUGGGCUUUCUCUUUCUCUCUUUUUCUUCUUCUUGUUGAGGUCAGUUAGCUAGGUGAGGAGGAAGAUGGCCGGUGGAGCCUCCAAGGCGGUGGGGGGAGUGCUGGAGGUGGUGGGGGAGAUUGUGGGGAUGUUGGGGGAAAAUGGGAAUGGAGGGCUUUUUAAGAAAGAUUGUACGGAUCUGGUCAGAAGGAUUGCUUUGUUGAAGCAUUUGUUGGAGGAGAUUAGAGAUUGUGGAAAGCUUGAUGAAUUGAAUAACUCUGAGUCUUCUUCUUCUUCUUGUUCUUCUUCUUUGUCUAAAGGGAGCUGGUGGAACGAUCUGGUGCUUUCCCUGCAGGCUGCUAAACGACUUCUCUCUAUUGCUGCAAAUUUUGCCUCCAGUGAUUCCUCUGAUGUUGCUGCGAAGAAGAUCUCGUUUCAGUUUCAAUCUGUGACAUGGAAACUAGAGAAAGCAUUGAGGAACAUACCGUAUGAUCGUUUUGACAUCUCUGAGGAGGUUCAAGAACAGCUUCAUCAUCAGGUUGCAUUGGUGAGAGCUCAGUUAAAGAGAGCUGCAGAGAGAUAUGGAUCUUUAAAGUCAAGGAAGUUUUUUCAUGUAUUAUCCCAGCCGCUGGACAAGGAAGGUAGUAAUACUAGUGAUGAAGUUGUUGUAGAGAAACAAGAUCAUGCCCUAGAAGGAAUCGAUUCGGAAGCUGAUGUUGCAGACCAGGUGUUCGAUAAAUUGGAACAGUCGCAAAGCCCUUCUUUAUCAUCUGAGUUAGCGCAGGAGAAGCCCGAUGCCCUUGCGAUUCCAGUUGAUUUUCUAUGUCCUAUAUCUUUAGAACUAAUGAGGGAUCCUGUUAUUGUGGCCACAGGACAGACGUAUGAACGAUCGUACAUACAGACAUGGAUAGACUGUGGCAAUGUAACAUGCCCAAAAACUCAGCAGAAGCUCCAGCAUUUAACGCUGACUCCAAAUUAUGCUUUGAGAAGUCUAAUUACUCAGUGGUGUACAAAUCACAAUAUCGAGCAGCCUACUUGUGUGGUGAAUGGGAAGUUAAAGAAGAGUGAUGGCUCUUUUCGUGAUGUUAGUAGGGAUGUAGCAGCCAUUGAGGCUCUGGUUCGCAAGCUCUCAAGCCGGUCAGUUGAGAAGCAAAGAGCUGCUGUGGCUGAAAUAAGAUCACUAUCCAAAAGAAGUACAGAUAACAGGAUACUAAUUGCAGAAGCAGGGGCGAUUCCAAUUCUUGUCAACCUUUUAACAACAGAUGACACUGUGACACAAGAACAUGCUGUGACUUCAAUUCUUAAUCUGUCGAUAUACGAAGACAACAAAGGACUCAUUAUGCUUGCUGGUGCCAUUCCUUCCAUAGUUCAAAUCCUGAGAGCUGGAAGCAUGGAAGCAAGAGAGAAUGCAGCAGCAACCCUUUUUAGCCUAUCACAUCUGGAUGAGAACAAGAUAAUAAUUGGUGCAUCAGGGGCGAUACCAGCUCUGGUAGAUUUGCUCCAAAAUGGGAGUUCAAGAGGAAAGAAAGAUGCUGCAACUGCAUUGUUCAAUCUUUGCGUUUAUCCAGGCAACAAGGGAAGGGCUGUAAGGGCCGGAAUUAUAUCUGCUUUGUUGACAAUGCUUACAGAUUCGAGAAAUUGUAUGGUUGAUGGGGCUCUGACUAUACUCUCAGUGCUUGCAAGUAACCAAGAGGCGAAAGUUGACAUAGUGAAGGCCAGCACAAUACCCGUAUUGAUAGACCUUCUGAGGACCGGUCUUCCACGCAACAAAGAAAAUGCAGCUGCCAUUUUACUCUCCUUGUGCAAGAGAGACAAUGAAAAUCUUGCCUGCAUAAGUAGGCUUGGUGCUGUCAUACCACUGAACGAGCUUGCGAAGAGUGGCACGGAGAGGGCAAAGCGAAAGGCUACUUCACUAUUGGAGCUUCUGCACAAAUUACAGCAACUUCAACAGGCGUAGUUUGUAAUACAGAUUUAUAUUCCAAUUUUUCUUCUUCUUGAUUUGAUUCCAAUUAUUUUGACAAUUACUGCCACACCAUUCCUUUUUAUUCAUGAAUCUAAAGACAUGAGCAUAUGAGAGGUAUAAGGAAAAGCCAAGUCUCAUUGCUCUUUGUGUAUGUAUUUAUUCAAGCAUUUGACUGUGUGUAAAAAAACCCACUUGACAUUUUUCA